AUGAAUAACUUUGAUAAUAUUUGGACAUGGAAAUCAUGGGAACACUUGUUUAAACAUAGUUUUCACAAGACCAAUUGGAAUGAAUUGUUUGCAUAUGAAGACCACGAUUUCAAAGUUGGUGUCACUCCAUUCUCUCAAUUCCCAAUCCUCCCUGCCGUCAUUACAAUCUAUUUAAUCUUAAUCUUUUCAAUUCAAGCAUUUAUGAAGAAUAGAAAACCAUUGGAAUUAAAAUAUGUAUCUGUUAUUCAUAACUUUAUUCUUUGCCUUUGGUCUUUAAUUAUGUGUGUUGGUGUAGUCUAUGAAGUUGCCAAAAGAGUUAUGAGCGAAGGGCCAUUAUUUACAGUUUGUGAAGCAGAUCAUGGAUUUAAUCAAGGACCAGCUUAUUAUUGGUCAUACAUUUUCUAUAUUAGCAAGUUUUAUGAACUCUUUGACACUAUUAUUAUUGUGUUGAGAAAGAAGCCAUUGAUCUUUUUGCACGUCUAUCAUCAUUGCGUCGUAGUCUGGUUGUGCUGGUACUUUAUGUACACUGGCUGGCCACUCCAAUUGUGGGUCGUCUUUUUGAACACCUUUGUCCACGUAUUUAUGUACUAUUUCUACUUGCAAACCGGACUUGGUAGAACCGUCUGGUGGAAGAAAUAUAUCACCAUGAUCCAAAUCAUCCAAUUUGUAUGCCUUGGUAUCGUCGGUAUCCUCCAUUUUGCCGCCAUCAACACUGUCGGAUGUGUCACCAACACCUCGGCCUUUGUCGCCGCCUACGCCAUCAACUUUUCCUUCCUUUUCCUCUUUACCCGUUUCUACUCUAAUUCUUACAAUCGUAGUGCUGCCGUUAAGGGUACUACUCAACCAUCCAUCAAUAGAAAGAAACAAGAGUAA